GUCAGGCUCCAUGCUGAGUGUGGAGACAGCUCAAGAUUCUCUCCUCCCUUUGUCCCUCUCUGCUGCUCACAUGUGUUCUCUCUAAAAGGUAUUGUAAACUUGCCAAGAAAUGAAAACUCUAAGGCUGAAUUUUCUCCUUCUUUUCUUAUACUCCCCUUGGUUGUUAUGGAAUAUUGAGCAUUAAGAUAAUGAAGAUGUUUGUGCACCUUGAGUUGAGUGUGUGAGCCAUGGUGGCAGUGUACUUUUUGAACUAAGAUAGAGACACUGGAUAACUUUGUUUCCAUGAUGCUGGUAGGUCCUAUCAGUCAACAAAGCAUUUGUGAGCCAGACUUGGUAAUAAGCACAAAGCAGGAUCCCAUUCCACUUUAUCUCAAGAGAAGUGAGGUUGUGUUGGAAAAUGAGAAGAAACCCUGCAGAUAUAGUCAGAUUUUACUGAUCAGUGAUUUAUCAACUUGAAAGUAAAAGCGCAUGUGGUAAAACAAAAGUCUGAUUGGUGUGGAUUCAAAAGAGAUGAAAGGAGAUGAAAUGAAGACAGAGAAAUGGGCAAUUCUUUCAGGUUUUAGUAUAAAAUAAGUUAUGAUGUGUGAAGGGUGGAGUGGUAUAAAGACUAGGGAAUAAGAAAAAGGUUUCUAUCUUGACAGACUGCAUGGAUGGCAACAUCAUUAUUUUAGAUCAAGAAUAAAAGAUACAACAGGAGAGGUUUUGGAAGAAAUAUAAGAGAUUUGCUGUUUGGAAAUUAUGGAUUUAAGUGGCUCCUAGUGCCUAUUCUCAUUAGACUAUUAGACAUGCAGAUCUGAAGCUUGAUAUUCUAUUAUGGGCUGGCCAUAUGUGUUUGGGAAUUAAAUGUAUAUUAGUGUAUUUGCUAGGGCUGUCAUAACAAUUUACUGCAAACUUGGUGGCUUAAAACAAUAGAUAUUUGUUAUCUCACAGUUCUGGAUUAUAAAUGUCCAAAACCAAGGUGUCAGCAAAGCCAUAUUCUUGCUAAAGGCUCUAGGGGAGGGUCCUUCCUUGCCUCUUUCUAGAUUCUGGUGGUUGCCAACAAUCGUUGGCUUAUAGAUGCACCGUUCCUAUCUUUGCCAAUGCAUUCACAUGGAAUUUGCCCCUGGGUGUCUGUUUCUAAAUUUCUCUCUUUUUAGAAGGACACCAGUCAUUGGACUAGGGCUCACCCUAAUCCAUUCGACCUCAUUUUAGUUUGAUUACCUCUGCAAAGACCCCAUUUCCAAAUAAGGUCACAUUCACAGGGUCCAAGGGAGAGGACUUCCACACAUCUUGUCAGAAGACACAAUUUAACACACAAUGAUGUAUGAGUGGCAAAAGUGGCCACAGAAACAAAUGUGAUCACCCAGACAGAGGGCUCGGAGUGAGAAUAGGACCAGUGAUAGUCCCUUGGAAGCACUCCACCUUGAAAACUAAUAAAGGAGGGUAUGGGGAUAUGGUACAGUCAGCAGGACAGAACAAGUAAUCCAGAAAAACUGCAUUCUGACAAAUAUAUUAUGAAGAAGAGAUUUGAUAAGAGGGUCAAAAAUCUUUAGAGAUUUCAGGUAGCACGAGCAGUAGGAAUAGGCCUUUGUAACUCUUGCUAAAUAUGGAGAGGGGCAAGUUUUGAGACAGGCAGAUAAUUUAGGAUACUGCAGCAAUCCAGGCAGAUCCUGAUGGCUGCCUGAACCAGGAUUUGGCAGUGGGAAGAGAGAGGACUGAGCAUAUUACUGAAGUAAAGUCAGAGCGAACUGGUCCUGGAUUGGGUGUAGACUAGGAGUCAGAGAUUACUUCCAGGGUUUUUCUUUAGCAAACUAUAAGACUGGGUUGCCGUUAUUGAGAUAAACAAUGCAGUGAGCCCAUGGAGAGAAGAUGAUUUCAGUUUUAGAUAUGUUGAUGACAUAUCUGUCACAUUUUCUAGUGGCAGGGUCUAGAGUGCUGGUGCAUGUAAGUGUCGGAGAUUCAAAAGAGAAUUGAAUCCAAAAACGAAGAUACUUGGAAGUCAUUUGAAAGGAAAAAUAAUAACUCAAAUCAUGAGAAUGGAUGACAUUAUCCAGAGAGGUAAUAGACUUACAUGGGAAAAUAUCUGAUGUACACAGAGCGAUGGGAAGGAAAAGAAGCACCACCGAAGAGACUGGGGAGAGCCAGCGAGAAAGGUCAAGAGGAAGAGGAGAGUAUUGUGCUAGGAUAGAGAAGGGUGUCUCCAUGUUGGCAAGGGUGUGAACAGCGGUGUCAAAGGCUGUGGAGAUGACAGGUACAACGAGUGCUAAGAGGAGUCUAGAAACUUAAAAAAAACCCAAAUAUGCAUGUAUGUGAGUGCAAAUGUGUGUGUUUUCAGAGAGUCACUUUGGUGCAUUAAAGGGAGUAAAUGGCAGAUGAAAUGGGGUUUUGGAAGGAAGGUUUUCAACUACCUGACCAUGAAAUGGAGGGGAAUGGUAGCUACAAAUGAAAAUGAAUUGACUUAUGGACAUAAGCGAAAUGGACUGAAGCCUUGACAGUGUUUAAAAUCUCCUGGGGGGAUUCCAGACAGAAGGAGAGCUCAGAGGAAGAGGAGAGAGAAAGGUGAUUGAGCACAUCUCCGGAAAAGACCGGGGAAAGGAAACCUGAGCUCAGAGGAUUAGUUCCUUUUCUACAGGAGAAUGUCACCUCUCUGUUGCAUUGGGAUGUAAAGGGGAAGGAUGCUGUUAAGUGGAAAUGGAUGGCAAACAUAUUAUUCAGCUAAGAAUGGUCAUCCACACUAAGGAGGGAGAAAGACUAAAGGAUCUGAAGACAUUAACUCUUCGUUCAAAUGCUGUUUCUGUGCUAUUUAUGAGGAAUGUGCUCUUUGUGUUUCUUGUGCCCUUGCCUCUUUCUUUGGGCAUUUAGUGCUCCUAGUGUCAACCAGAGAAACUCUGUGGUCUGCCACCGCCCCUUCCUCAGAGUGCUUCCUGACAGCUGGGUCGUGUCCCUGGAAAAUCACUCCUUCCCUCCCCGCCCCCAGGCAGCCAGAGGGCUCUCCCUAGGGGGCUCUGGAGAUGCAGCUCACAAGUCUCGCCAUAUGACUGAAAUCCAGGGCUUUGACAUACAGUUUUUGUAUCAUGAUUUACUGACUUGAAUAUUCUAUUAAAUAGUCUUUCUUUUCUUUUUAGCAACCUAGUAAAAAUCUUCCUGGAUCAAUGAUAUUUUCUAUUGUUCCUGUGAUCUGUAGUAUAAUCUCUCUUUAAAUCUUAUGGGUAGAUACUUCGUUUCUUUCUUCUUGGCCAUCUUGGUUUUUUCUAUUAGUAUUACAAGUUAUACCCAUUGCUGUUAAACACUUGUGGAUGAAGGAGUGGGUAUUUUCUUCCUUUUUCACUCACAGUACAUGGUUUCAAAUGGGUUGGUUGGAAGGCUUUGGGCAACCAUACUUAGUUAGGGAACAUUAAAGUGAUUUCAUUUUGGUUCGCUUACUUGUGAUCCAAAGAGGGUGUUGUAUUGGUUUUGAUAAAACUUCACAACCAAUGGGAACCUUUUUUGAGUUAGUGCGGAGUGGCCUUAAUGCUGGAAAUAAUCCUGUUGGCCAGGACCCCAGAGCUAUACAGAUGAGAAAAGGAUGCAGGAAAUUCUGUUGUUUACACAUGUGUCUGUAACACUGAGCCGCUGGAGCAGCCCAGCAAGCCCAGAGGACCUGAAAAGAUAAAUAUGAAUUUAGAUUCCAUUCAUCGGUUAAUUGAGGAAACACACAUCUUCCAGAUGCGGGAGCCGUCAGUUAAACCACCUUGUGACAUGUUAGCACCUGCUUCAUCCCCCAAGGACACUUGUCCUUCCUGUUUGCCACAUCAGGGACAGCAGUCACGUGCCGCUCACAACUUCUGCUCUCACUCCUGUAACACCAGUGAGUGGAGUAUUUGCGAAGAGCUUCGCCUGAGGGAACUUGAAGAAGUCAAGGCCAGAGCUGCCCAGAUGGAGAAGACCAUGAGGUGGUGGUCAGACUGCACUGCCAAUUGGAGAGAAAAAUGGAGCAAGGUUCGGGCCGAAAGGAACAGCGCCAGGGAGGAAGGAAGGCAGCUCAGAAUGAAAUUGGAGAUGACGAUGAAAGAAUUGAGUGCACUGAGGAAGAAGCAGAGUUUGCCACAUCCAAAGGAGGUAUUAGAAACUUCCCAGGACCUGAGGUAUCCUACUUUCAUGGAAGUGCCUUCUGCACAAAGAGACCCAUUUCACCUUGGUUCGCAAACGUGGGAGUCUAUCAGAGAGUGUCCGGUAAAAAGAGAAUUUCCUACAAAGGAGAACCUGGAUAGUAAGGAAGAAGAUUUGAAUAUUGACCAGUUAAAAUUAAAUGCAGAGAUGAAACUCAGUCUUAACUGUCCUGAUUCAUUAAAAAAUGUUGUUUCUGAAAACAGUACACUGAAAUCUGCAUUAAGACCACAAGCAAUAAACCUGCCUUUGGAGAAUAAAGUGCCUGAAAUUUCAGCUUUGCAGGUACAUCUGGAUGAGUUCCAAAAGGUUUUAUGGAAACAAAGAGAAAAGCGCUCAUCUUUGGAAAAAGAAAUAGAACGACUGGAGUCAGCUUUGUCUGUAUGGAAAUGGAAAUAUGAAGAACUGAAAGAAUCAGAGCCAAAAAAUCUGAAAGAGUUUAACAUUAUUCCUGGUCAACAUGAAAAUGAAAUGAAAGAAAUAUCGGGAGAUAUAAAAGAAGAAUCAGAAUCUCAAACCGGCAAGGAUAGAGUGAUCUACGAGUUAAGAGCUGAGCUAGAGAGAUUGCAAGCUGAAAAUAUCUUGGAGCGGGACAAGAGGGAAGUACUUGAAACAGAAAAACAAGGACUGGAAAGAGAAAAUAGAAGGCUAAAGGCCCAAGUGGAAGAAAUGGAAGAGCUUCUGGAGAGGAGAAAUGUAUUAAGUGCAAACUCUCCAGGUCCUGACUUCAAGACCUCACAAAUUGAACUGCAGGAAAAAAACAAGGAACUUUUAGGAGGACAGAGAGGAGAGGAGAGAAGAGAGGACAAGAGAAGACAAAUGAGGGAACAAGAAGGGAAAAGUGGAAUUUGUGCUGACUAUAAAGUGAGAGGACAUAACAGAAUAACCAAAAUGGGAGCAAACACAUAUAGGCUAAUAUUUAUCAAAAUAUGUCCUGAUUUUGCUGUAAUGGAGAAAAGUAGCGUUGUAAUUCCCAACCAUUUUUCUAAAAAUGAUACCUUUAAAUGCUCGUUUGCUUUACCUACUUUAUUCAAUGACAGGGAGUUUUGUACUUGGAAAGCCUUGAUUCUGUAGAUAUGCAGUGUUUGUAUUCUCCAUUCCCAAUAACACGUUUUGAAGUGAAAAGUUAUUGGAAAAAGUGGUCAGUAUUCUAUGGGGUAAAGCCCCAUGAACUAGUCAACAUGCCUUUUGUGGAGCUUUUUGGAGGCUUGUUUUCUUAAAUCAUUCUGGCAACUGACUCUCUUCCUUCAGGUCACACAGUGGGUCAUUUUCAGAAAGCUAAUGUGACAGAGUGGUAAUUGAUGUGUCUCAGGAAAAUGAUGAAUUAAUCUAAGAGUAGAAAGGCCAUCAAAGUCAAUUCCUAAUGAAUUUACAUUACUGACAGUGUCCAUUUCUUGAAUAGGAAUGACAUUAUAUUUAUUUUGCUUAGUAACUUUAUCCUCAGAAAUGUUUUAUUUUCACUCAGAGGUUUAUCAGGCAAACCUAUGGCUUUGUUAACUUCUUCACUCAUUAUUUUUCUUUUAAAACCUUCAUUGCUCAUACAAUUAUUGAAUAAUUUAAGAAUAAAUAUAUGCUGUUGUAAAAUAAUAAUUUUAAAUAUAAAAUAGCAUAAUUUGAUGUUAAUAGACAGGGUUAUUUCACAUUUUUCUUUAACCAUUCUUGAAUAGCUUUGCUUUCUGUGGUACACUAGAAAUUUUAAUUUCUAAUACAGUGAUUAGUAAAAGUUUAUAUUACUGUAGAGACUUUAGAGAUAUGGAAAUUUUUAACCCUUUUGUAUGUGAAAUAUAUUUUGGUAUAUAAAAAUGAAAAUAAUUCAUUUUGAAGAAUGUCUUAGUUGUAGCAAAACACAGCUACACAUGAGUGUCUUUCAUGAAUUGAUAAUUCAGUGAUUUCAUAAAACUUAGAAACACAUCCGUGAUUUUGUAUACAUUUUAGCAAAAGUGAAUUAGAUUGUGUGGGUUGACCAGGACAAUGUUCUUUUCUCCAAGAAUUUCUGAAGUUAGCAGAGACAGAUGCUUAAGUACCAUUUGUUAAUGUCAUAAAGAGGUAUCUAGUGAAAGUUCACACUGAUUUAAAAUAAAUCAAUAUACUACAAAAGAGGGUGGCAUUUUCUCUAAUAUAAUGACUGCCCUCACUCACCCUGAAAUACUCACAUGCAUUCAUGCAUUCAAACGCACAUGUAAAUGCAGACAAUGAAUUGAUUUUUAUAAAUAAACUCAAAAGUGAAAGUUUUA